GAAAAACCUCUGCCUUCUCUCUAGAAAAAUUCGCACCUCCAACGGUCGGAUUUCUCUAGUUUGCUCGAGACCAAAGAUUGCUCUUUCACACAAAUCUCUUCGAUUAAAUCCGGUUUUGAUCCGUUUUCCUUGGUCGGAAUUUCAUCAUCUUUAAUAUCUAACGAUUGGAUUUAAAGAUUUGGAAUUUUUUGGCCCCAAAACGAGCUCAAAACUGCUUCUGGUUCGCAGUUUUUACUGUUCACCUGCAGACUGGUUUUUGGAGCUUUAAUCCAUCUUUUGACGAUCGUUUCUGGAAAAGGCCGCUUGUUUGGGGGUCGCCAUUCCCUGGCGCACCUCCCAGUUCAAGUCCCGUUGAUUUUCAUCAAGUAAAACGCCAGAAUCGAACUAGCCGUUGCAAAGGAGCACUGUACAUCGCAGGCUUGUUUUUUGCAGAUUUCUCUAAAUCUGCUGAACCAAUCCAAAUUCUGAGGAUACCCUGAGGAUCGUCUGCUCAAAACGAAGAGAUUGAUACCUGUUCCGGCGCCUACAACAAAGAAUUCAAAAAUCAGACCACUAUUCAUCCUACUGUUCCUUAUGCGCAGGUAUGAUCAGUUAAUUGAUUUUUUUCUUAAGUUUUGUAGGUCUGGGACGAAACAAAGUAUACAUUGGUGAUCGCCAACUCAAGGAGAGGUGCUGGUAUUUUUUUGGGAUUUUUCUGACGAGUUUUUGAAGAGGAGUGUACUGUUCAUCUUCUUCAACCUCAAGUCUGCAAUGCUACAGUAACCGGACGAAGUCUGCUGCUUGUUAGAAUUUUAUUCGGACUGCUACAGUGCUCGGAUCCAGGAAAAAAUUGUACCAUUGUGAUCCCCUUAUCCAGCAGCUUCUACUUGAAUUUUUUCAGAAUUUUCUGAGCACUUUGGUUUUUGGAUGCUACUGUUCAUCGUCUUCUUCGUUGAAUAUGACGAAAAAGAACAAACAACAGAGGACCCCACCAGCCAAAGACAAGCUGUUUGAUGACAAGGUUAAAGAUUUGUUGGCCAAAAAAGCAGCAAUUGAGGCGGGGAAAUUGAAAAAAAGCAGUUAUGAAGGAGGUCGUCCCUUCGUCUGACCCUAUUUUUUCAAACUCCUCUGGAGCAUUUGCCGCGGCACGAAGGCCAACUGUUUCUACUUUGGGUGUGACUUCCACCCUGGGGGUGACUCCCACUCAGUCCGCGGCCUCCGGGGACACAGGGGGGCAUGAAGUUAAUGCCGCGGCAUCCGGGGCAACAGGAGGACAUCAAGACUAUAGCGGGGCAUCCGGGGCUCCUGUGGGACAACAGGUUUAUGCCGCGGCAUCCGGGGCAACAGGAGGACAACACUAUGCCGCGGCACCCGGGGUUUCAGGGGGACAUCAACGUUAUGCCGCGGAAUCCACGAAGGGCAUCGCAUCAGGGGGGGUCCUUUGCAGAGAAACUACUGGGGCAGGAUUCCAGCUCCUCUAACGCCGCGGCAUCUAAUGAGCUGUCUUUGGCAAUCAAAACCAAAAUUGUAACGGCUGAUCCCAUUAUUGAAAAUUCUGAUGAAAACAGCCCUAUUGCACAAGAAGAACAUGAGGGAUCCAUCUCCCUUGGGUCUCAAGACACAGAAUCGCUUGUUGAUGGGGAUGAUUUUGAAAAAGAGCCGUUCACCUAUGCUUCUCUAUUCCGGGACAAUAGAGCCCCCUCAAACGGCCUAAAGCUUGAAUAUUUCCCUCCCUCGGGGAAAAAACUAGAUUUUUCUCAUCUUGAGGUGCCCACCCUAAUUGAGAUAUGGGGGUACUGUUUGGUGGGGCAUUUCUCCGGCCGGUUUCCGGGUAUGAAGGCAAUUUUCGAGAUGGUCAAGAUAUGGGGCGUGAGAGUGGAUGUGAAGUCCCAUAGCAAAGGUUGGGUGGUUUUCAAAUUCAAAUGCGAGGAGGAUAGGCUCAAAGUUCUUACCGAGGGGCCCUAUCUUUUGUUUGGGAAAACUAUGUUUCUAAAGGUGUUAUCGGAUGAUUUUAACUUUGAGAGUGAAGAAUUCUUGAAGGUUCCUACUUGGGUGAAGUUUCCGAACCUACAUCUUAGACUUUGGAGAGCAACGGAGAUUGGAAAGAUAGCUUCUCAAAUUGGUGUACCUAUCACUACCGAUAAGGUAACCCAAGACAAGACUUUCACCAAGUAUGCACGGGUACUCAUUGAGGUUGACGCCUCAAAGCCUCCGGUUGAGGACUUUCCUAUUAUUCCGCCUUCAGGCAAAGAGUAUACCCAACGGGUGGAGUAUGAGACUUAUCCGGAGUAUUGCUACCAUUGUAGAACUUUUGGACAUAAUCCGUUUGAAUGUAUGGUGCUUCACCCACACGUGCCACCCCUUAAACACACAAUGGCAAAAACUAAUGCGAGAGGCAAGGGGAUCCUAAGCAAGGUCGUGGACAAGGUGGGCAAGGCCCAAGGUGCACCACCGUUGGGCAAAGGGAAAGGUAAGGCCGUGGAUGAUGAUCCUCCAUUCCAAGAGGUCACGCGCAAGAGGGGUAAGGCCAAGGCCAAGCCUCAACAGGUUAUUGACGUUGCAUCAACGUCUAAGGCCAUGCGACAGGUGCCCAUGGUGGCUAAUAUGGGUGUCAACAUUCCGAAGGAGUUGCGUGAUCCAUCUUUGAACCUUAAGCCGCGGCCUAAUGUGAGAUACUCCAUGGAACGCCACCAACUUAUGGUGGUGGCCAAAGAUAAGAAUGGUAAGGAAGCGUUGACUAAUCUACCUCGUGGCUAUGUGAUCCGGAGUGUGCAUGAGAUGGAUCCUAAAGACAUUGUCACCGGGGUGUUUAUGGAUGAGAAAGGAAGACCACUUGCCACUACCAUUGAUCUAGACGAGCUACCGGAUGGUGAGGCACUGGUUAAGGUGGGGGCUGACCUCAAACCGGUCACCAAUGAAGAGGACCCGGGUGUUUACUUCACCCAAAGUGGCAUCUUGGAGCUACCGGGCGUCAAACGCAAUGGUACAUGGUAUGACUUCGAUUCCAAAAUCUUUAUUGCUAAUGUGUUUUUCUUCUUUGAUCCUAGUAGCAAGAACAACGUGUCCUACUACAAGGAGCUUUUGAGAAGAGAACGAAGAAGUGCUAGGAAAAGUGCAACCGAGGGUGGAGGACCCACCACGGACCUUUACCUCACUUGAUGACGAAGUUUUUGGUAUGGAACGUUAGGGGCCUAAAUAAGGCCUCUAAACACAAUCUAAUUGCUUAUUAUAUCAAUUCAAAUAAUAUUGGUUUGGUAUGCUUUUUGGAAUCUAAGAUGACCUUGGCCGCACUAAAUAAUUAUAUUUUAAAUAAAUGGCCGGGUUGGAUUUUUAAGAAUAAUUUUGAUCUAAUUGGUGGGGGACGCAUGGUGAUCAUGUGGAACCCGACUUUAAUAAAUUGUGUGUUUUUGGAAAUUGACAAGCAAUUUAUGCAUGCUAGAUGUACUUGUUGUAUCACACAAACAACUUUUUUGACUACGUUUGUCUAUCCGUUGUACACGGUCCUUGAAAGAAAGGACUUGUGGGAUCAUUUAACCUUGGUUGGAGAACUUAUUGAUGAACCUUGGUUGAUAUGUGGUGAUUUUAAUUGCAUUGCUACGCCCAACGAAAGGGUGGGUCCUACCCCCCCAACGGCGUAUGUAAUGCAACACCUGUUUGACUUUAAGGUCGCGGCUAGCCUACAAGAUGCACCCUCCACGGGGGAGUUCUUUACGUGGAACAGAGGUGCACUUUGGGCCAAGCUUGACCGGGUAUUGAUAAAUGAUGUUUGGGGCAUUAAUAGCAUAAGGUGUACGGCCCAUUUCCAUGAAAUGGAGGUGGAGUUUGACCAUACGGCUUCCGUUGUGUCAAUACUCCUUAAUUCCUCUCCAAGGCCUAAACCUUUUAAAUUUUUUAAUAUGUGGAUUAAACAUCAUGAUUUUGCUAAUCUAGUAGCGCAACAUUGGAAUCAAGAGAUUGAAGGUACGGCCCAAUUUUCCAUGGUGAGGAAACUAAAGUUGCUCAAAAGGCCACUUAAGAACCUCAACACCAAGGAAUUUGGGCAUAUCUCCAACAAAGCUAAAAUGGCGAAGGAAAAAUUCAAAAGAUUGCAUAAGCUUGUCCUACAACAUCCAUUGGAUGAGAGUCUCCAAUGCCAAUUGGAGGAAGUUACAAAGAGGGCUAGGUUUCUUAGUGAGGCCGAGUGCAAUUUUUUCCAACAAAAGGCAAAGGCGACUCACAUCCUUGAAGCGGAUAAGGGGACAAGGUAUUUUCAUGCGAUUGUGAAGAGGAAAACCACGAAGAAUACCAUAGCGGCUAUCACUCUUGAGGAUGGGAGUCUCACCACCUCAUUGGAGCAAGUUGGUAAUGAAUUCGUUAAUUUUUUUGUUGACUUAUUUGGCUCCGUUGGGGAAACCCAACAAUUUGACCCUAGAAUUUUGGAUUCCGGCCCCAAAGUUGAACCUAGUGUUCAUGCUAGCCUUAUUGCCCCUAUUGAUGUAAAAGACAUCAAAGCUGCACUUUUUGAUAUUGGGGAUGACAAGGCGCCGGGGCCGGAUGGUUAUUCUUCUACGUUCUUUAAAUCUAAUUGGAACCUUGUGGGGGAUGACUUAGUACGGGCUACUAAGGAAUUUUUUCGUACGGGAAAGUUAUUAAAGCAAAUUAACCAUACGGUUAUUGCACUUAUCCCCAAGACGACCCACUCGCCAAAGGUUUCGGACUUUAGACCGAUUUCUUGUACUAAUGUGUUGUAUAAAGUCAUUACGAAGAUUCUUGCCGCUAGACUCAUACCAUGCCUACCGGGCUUGAUUGACCUAGCCCAAGGAGCCUUUGUUGACGGCCGCCUCAUGUUUGAUAACAUUUUCCUUGCCCAGGAACUUGUUAGAGGAUACAUGAGGAAGCGAAUCUCACCUAGAUGUAUGAUCAAGGUGGAUUUGCGCAAGGCUUAUGACACUAUCUCAUGGGAUUUUCUUCAGAAUGUUUUGCAGGGUUUGGGCUUCCCAGAGAAAUUUAUUGCUUGGAUCAUGGAAUGUGUAACAACCGCAUCGUUUUCGGUAUCCUUAAAUGGAUUGUUAUAUGGUCAUUUCAAGGGAAAGAGGGGAAUUAGACAAGGAGACCCUAUGUCUCCCUUGCUUUUUGUGAUGUGUUUGGAAUAUUUUUCGCGUAUGCUUAAUUUGAGAACCAAAGGGCCAAACUUUAAUUUCCAUCCCCAAUGUGCGUCACUUGGCAUUUCCCAUCUAGCUUAUGCAGAUGAUCUUAUUCUUUUCUCUAGGGGCGACUUUUUUUCAAUUGAAAUCUUGGUCAAUGCCCUUAAAGAAUUUGGUGAUGCAUCGGGCUUAAUGAUGAACCAUGAUAAAUCAAAUAUCUUUGUGGGGGGAAUUAAAGAUAACGAUCUAAGGGAGAUCAUGGCCCUUGUGGACUUUGGGCGUGGCCAAUUCCCGGUGAGAUACCUUGGAAUCCCACUUGCCCCACUUAAGAUCUCGGUUGCACAAUAUGCACCGCUUAUCGAUUCCAUUUCUAAUUUUCUUGGUUCAUGGAACACUAAAACCCUUUCCUAUGCCGGAAAAUUAGAGCUAAUAAGAUCGGUUAUCCAAGGGGUACAAUCUUUUUGGCUCCAAGUUUUCCCGGUCCCCCAAACCAUCCUUGAUAGGAUUGUCUCGAUUUGCCGUAUCUUCUUAUGGGGUGGGAAAUAUUCUAAAGUGGCCUGGGAGGACGUUUGCCUUCCAAGAGAGGAGGGGGGCCUUGGCAUUCAUAAUGCUAAGAAUUGGAACCAUGCCCUCCUUGCUCGUACACUUUGGGAUGUUCAUAGGAAAAAGGAUACGUUAUGGGUUAGGUGGGUCAAUGGGAUCUACCUCAAGGGUAGGAGUGUGUGGGAUUUCAUCCCACACGAUCGUGACUCAAUGUUCAUGAAGAAGUUGAGUCAUAUCCGGGACCGAAUUGUGGGUUGUUUUAAUAAUCUUAAUGAUGCUAUUAUGGGACUUAAUGCUAGAUCUAUUAAUGGGAAACUUGUCUCGGGAAAGAUCUAUGAUCUUUUAAGGGUUAAAGGAGAACCUAGGACUUGGAUGAGUUUUAUUUGGAAAUCAUAUAUCCCUCCUAAGUUCUCCUUUAAUGUCUGGCUUGCUUUCCGAAAUAGACUACCCACCCAAGAUAAUCUUGAAUAUUUGCACAUUGUUAAUAGAUGUGACUUAUGCAAGGGUGGAUUGGAAACAAUGCCACACCUAUUCUUUGUGUGUCCUUUUUCUUGUAGGAUUUGGGAACAAGUGAAGAAUUGGCUAGGCUUGAGGCAUCACAUGACUACUAUUUGGAGCUCGGUCAAAUGGAUUUUAAAAGAGCAUAAAGGAUCAAAGUUGAAAGGGAAAGCGGUCCGGAUUGCCUUUUGUGCUACUUUAUACCACAUUUGGCAAGCUAGGAACGCAAACCGAUUUGAUGGCAAUUGUAGAAAAGAGGACGAACUUAUUGCGAAGAUCAAACACGUGGUAUAUAAGAUACUCUUCAACAUAUACCCACGUGAGAUGAUCAAAUUUUGAGAGACAAAGGUUCAUUACAAGACUUCAAGCCGCGGCUUAAUGGACGAUUGAUGAUCAAGUUGAUGUGCCUUACAUCAUAUUUUCAUUUUUGAUUUUUGUAUGUUUAAGGGAGUGUGAGUUUUAUCCUCCCUGACCAAUUGGACUUGAUGUUGAUCAGUGUGCGUGCGCCAUGCAGCACCGAUUCUUUUUGAUUUGGGGGG